UUAUUUUGGGGUAAAAAUACAAGACAAGACCUGAGAGAGAGAGAGAGAGAGAGAGAGCGAUGGCGAAGUUCUCGGUGGGUGGAGAAGAAGAUGGGGAAGGCCCCAGCAGUAGUCCCAGGCCAAAACGACUCAGGAUCUCUGUCCAAACCAACUUUGUGGACCAAAAUGACCCACAACGCCUACAACAACAAGAACAAGAAGAAGGAGACGAUGAAAGUUACGAAGAAGAAGAUGAAGAAGAAGAAGGAGAAGAAGAAGCAGCCUCUUAUGACGAUGAAGAAGACGACACUGAAGAAGAAGAAAUCGAAGAAGUAGAAGAAGAUGAAGAAGAAGAAGAAGCACAACAAGGAAACCAAGGUUCUGAUGUCACUGUGGGACCCAGAUCCACCAUUGGUAAUGAUAGCCACGUUAUUCAUGUGGGUGACGGUUCCAUUUCCGUGACUCUCACUGAUCCCGAAGUCCUCGAUUGCUCUAUUUGCCUGGAGCACUUGUCCCCUCCUGUCUUUCAGUGUGAGAAUGGGCAUAUAGCUUGCUCUUCCUGCUGCAACAAACUUAAGAAUAAAUGUCCCUCCUGCUUUUGGCCUAUUGGCUAUAACCGUUGCCGAGCCAUUGAGAAGGUUCUAGAAGCAGUCAAAAUUCCGUGUCAGAAUUCUAAGUAUGGUUGCAAAGAAGUGGUUUCUUACAGUAGGAAAAGUGACCAUGAGAAGACAUGUAUAUAUGCACCUUGUUCAUGCCCCCUUUCACAUUGCAAAUUCAUUGCUUCAUCCAAGCAGAUAUAUGUUCAUUUCAGUAGCAAACAUACAAAUUCUGCAAUAGGCUUCAAAUAUGAUUCCAACUUCUCUGUGUCCUUAACUCUUACUGACAAAUUUCUUGUCCUCCAAGAACAGAGCAACGGUGUUUUGUUUGUUCUUAAUAAUUGUGUUGACCAUCGUGGGAAUGUGGUGACAAUUAAUUGUGUUGGGCCCAGCUCAACAACAGGAGGGUUCUCCUAUGGUCUUGCAGUAAAAACUCAAGGAUGCUCUCUCCGAUUAGAAUCUUUCACAAAGAACAGUCAACAUCGGGUUGAUAGUCCUCCUUCAACAGGAUUUCUUCUAAUUCCAACUGAUUUUUUUGGUUCUUGUGGCCAGCUCAAGUUGGAAGUCUACAUUAAGCGUAGUGCUACAUGUGGCAUUACUUCUUUUGGGAUUGCCCGAGGAAGAAUUGGUCCUGUUUAAAGUAGCUGAUGUUAUUAUAAUAUGGUGUAUUGUUUUGGUGAAUGAUUCAGGCUAAACGGAUUGAUAAAUAUAUAUAAAAUCAUCUCUUUAGAACGUGA